GCUAACCCAGCACUCCUGAGAUGCCCAACAGCAUUCAACUGAGAGAAAAGAGAAUGAACGUGACUGAAUUCAUCCUCAUGGGACUAACACAGAAUCCCCAGCUUCAGAGAAUUCUAUUUUUUGUGUUACUCAUCACCUACAUCAUUACUGUCACAGGAAACCUGCUCAUAGUGGGGACCAUAGUCUGUAGCCAGUCUUUGAACUCCCCAAUGUACUUUUUCUUGACUUUUUUAUCUCUGAUAGAUGCAUGUUAUUCCUCUUGCACAAUCCCUAAGAUGCUGGUAGAUUUGCUCUCAGAAACAAAAACCAUCUCAUUCAAUGGCUGCAUAUUGCAACUUUUUGUUGAACAUUUCUUAGGAGCUUCAGAGAUUGUCCUUCUUGUGGUUAUGGCCUAUGACCGCUAUGUGGCCAUCUGCAGACCUCUGCACUAUGCCUCCAGGAUGAACCACCAUAUGUGCUGUCUUCUAGUGGGAAUAUGUUGGAUAGUGGGUUUUCUACAUUCCUUUGGUCAGAUACUUGUUACUCUCUGGAUUCCCUCCUGUGGCCCCAAUAUCUUGGAUCACUUCUUUUGUGACAUCUUCCCCUUGCUACAACUUGCCUGCACUGACACUUUCCUUCUUGGACUCCUGGUUGCUUGCAAUGGUGGUGUAAUCCCUGUGAUCACCUUCACGAUGCUAUUGAUGUCCUAUGCAGUCAUUCUUUACUCCUUGAGAACACAUAGCACUGCAGGGAGGAAAAAGGCCCUCUCUACCUGUGGCUCUCACAUCACAGUUGUUGUAUUGUUUUUUGUGCCAUGUAUUUUUAUGUAUAUGCGACCAGUGGCAACCUUUCCCAUGGAUAAAGCAAUAGCCGUGUUUUAUAUCAUCAUCACACCUUUGUUAAAUCCUGUUAUCUACACUGUAAGGAACGCAGAGGUAAAAAGUGCCAUUAGAAUGCUCUUAAAAAGAAUGCACUUGUGAAUUACAAAU